AUGAGGUCUUUUAAAUUAUUUAUUUUUGUUCUUACCAUUUUGAUUCUAAUUCCAAACAUCACAUUGUCCACAGUCCCACUUACAUUUUAUUGCACCUGUUAUGUACCAAAUACGGUUUCUUUCAACACAUCAAUUGCUAAUGUUGCGUUAAAAGUUUCUGCACUACAAGGCCCAUGUGUAGAAAUUACCAGCUCUGGAGAAUACUCGAAUGGAAGCACCUUUGCUGUAUCUAAAAUUACUUCUGUGGAGCCACUGUGUUAUAGUGAUAUAGCAGGUGUUCAAGAUACAAGAGGUAGCUCUGUAUGGUUCCUUUCCCCUCUAGGAUGGGUUUGGUUUAUGAACUGGGAAGAAAUGCAAGAAUUAAUGUUGACUGCUAAACAUAAAUUUGACCAGGAUGUUGGCACAUUGCAGAACAACAAGAUCCUAGUCUACGUGCUGGCAAAGAAAGAAGAAGAUGAGUAUCCGAUCUUCAGAAAAUUGUUGGAUCAUUUCAUCAAGAACAAGGAGUUACUAUAUCAGGGCCUCAAAAAUGAGAUUUCGAGAGUCAUUUUCAAUGAAAAAUGGAUUACUACCUAA